AUGCUACCUCAGGCCGCGAGAAGAUCUGCCUAUCCGUUCCCGUUCGUCGGUCACUUGUAUUGGGCAAAAAUAGGUCUAAAGGAUAUCAACAUUAUUCAUAAGUUUUUGCCCAAAUUCUAUGUUCUUGGGCUCAAAUUAAUCUCAUUAGCUGUACGCAACACUACCCGAGGUUAUGAGAAGGUUUACCUCCAGCCGUUCCAUUCCGUCAGUCACUUGUAUUGGGGCAAGAUAGGUCUUAAACAUAAUAUUGAUAUUAUCCAUAAGUUCUCGCUCAAAUUCUAUGUUCUCGGGCUCAAAUUAAUCUCAUUAGCCCUACGCAACACUACCCGAGGUUAUGAGAAGUUCUUGCUCGAAUUCUAUGUUCUUGGGCUCAAAUUAAUCUUAUUAGCCCUACGCAACACUACCCGAGGUUAUGAGAAGCUGUACGCAACACUACCCGAGGUUACGAGAAGAUACACCCAUCCGUUCCCUUUCGUCGCUCACUUGUAUUGGGGGAAAAUAGGUCUAAAGGAUAAUAUUAAUAUUAUGCAAUACUCCCAUCCGUUGCAUUUCGUCGCUCACUUGUAUUGGGCAAAAAUAGGUCUAGAGGAUAAUAUCAAUAUUAUUCACUUUAUGCAAUACUUCCUAAGGUUGGGAAAAGAUGGACUCGAUUCUAAUUCACCGUUCACUUGCAAGGGGCAAAACAUCUAUAAAGACCAUUAUCUAGGAUACACGCAUAGGCGGGAGGUUACAAGCAUGAGUCCGCUACCUGAGAGAGGUCAGGGAACAUGUACGAAGACCCUAAACGAUGGAACUACCUGUGACUGUAAACACUUCGACAAGCCAAAGGAAGUUCCGUACGGGGAGCCAAUGCUCUGCCUCGAAUGUUGCCAUGGAAAAAGCCAACAUGAUGGGAUUGGAGUGAAGAAGAUCUUUGAAACUAUGGUCGGUGCACAUGUUAUCAAGUCAGCCAAGGAGGAGGCAACCAAGGGAUUUCGAACUAAUCGAUCAGGAUCGGUGGCACCUAAGAAAAAGAAAGCAGCACAGGUCGACGAUGAUGAGAAAGCUGCAGUUGGAAACAUCGUUGCAGUGACCUAUGGGCUAGAUAGCGACGGACAACUCAAGCAAACCCGAGCACCUGACAUGACUGCCCAACAGGAGCUUGAGGCAAAAUAUGGGUUGGCAGUUACAUUCGGAAGUGGCGCUGGACUCCAUAGGUUUAACCUCGCAUGGGGACCGAAGAAGAUGAAUGCCUUCCUGCGUGAGAAGCUGCCGGGCCUCUUCAAGAUCCUGGCAAAAGAAGAUCCCUGGGUUUUAACCAUCGAUGAUGUCGACAACAAUGCUGAGAACCCACCUCGCUUCCCAUAUGUCCUCCUUUCCAAAAAAGCGAGGACCUUGAGCGUCGUUCCUGAUCAAGUGCUCACAGGUGCCCGGGCAUAUCAAAACCGCGGAAGCCUGGGAGUAUCCCCAAAUGUGGCAUACAUCUGGAUCGCUUCUGACAUCGGGAAGCCCAUCAACGAGGCGGAAACAGAUAAUGCCGAGGACUCUGACUUUGCGCAAGUGUUGAACGAAGAUAUUAGCGACAUUAGUGAUGGGAACAUUGCACAAGAAGCAACGCGCAAGCAACGUCACUCAAAAAGGCUCAGCUUGAAAAAGGGUAAAGGAAAGGCCGACAUUGUUGUGGUGAGCUCUGAUGAAGAAGAAGUCAACGUGACUGCAACGAUGACAAGCGAUACAACAACCUGGUUCGAUGCCCGCGAUGAAACCCACCACGAGAGUGGUCCAGAUGAGAGCUCUCAGGACAAUGCUCCAGAUAGCCAGGCUGCUACCAAGCGCUCAUCCACCAAGCGCUCAUCCACAAGGCUCUUUUGGGACUUGGACGACAAUGUGGAAGAGAAUCCUGUAGCACCCCUGUCACCAAUGCCUACUGCCGGACCUAGCAAGAAGGCUAAAUUAGAUCCAGACACACCGGUUGCCUCGACAUCCAGGAACCUGAAAUCUGGAGUUGCUUAUGAGACCUGCCCGAUAAUGCAACCACAGGAGAGCCAACCUCUCGGCUUCCUGGGAGGAGAUGACUUUGAUGACUUGGAGUAUCUCAUCCAGGAUCGUUGGAUCAUCAAGAAUACAACAAAGUUGUUUGAGUAG